AUGGUGACCAAGUUCUACCAGCACAUCCUUGCACUGGGGUUUGCCAUCAAUGAGAUCAACGAGAAUCCCAAGAUCCUGCCCAAUGUCACUCUUGGGUCCCACAUCUAUGACAGCUACUAUAACGUGAGGAUGACCUAUCGCACCACUCUGGAUCUGCUCUUCAAAUCACAGAGAUUUGUCCCCAACUACCAAUGUGACCACCACAAAAACCUCAUAGCCAUCAUUGGGGGACUUGGCUCCGAGACCUCCUUUCGCAUGGCAGACACCUUAAGCCUUUACAAGAUUCCACAGCUCACUUAUGGAUCAUUUGCCCCUGAGGAUAUGGAUGCUAGAAAGUUUCCUUCAUUUUACCGCAUGGUUCCAAACGAAGACCAUCAGUAUAUGGGGAUUGUCCGGUUGCUUCUCCAUUUCGGAUGGACAUGGGUCGGGCUUUUUGCUGUGGUUGACGAAAGCGGUGAACAUUUUCUGGAGUCCAUGGAACCGUUGCUAUCCCAGAAUGAAAUCUGUGUGGCCUUCAUAGAACGAAUCCAGAAAAGAUUCUUUUGGGAUAACUUGGAUGACAUCAAUGAAUUUGCGUCAAAUAGUUAUCAAUAUUUUCCUGACAGCAAUGCCAGUGCUCUUAUCUUCUAUGGAGAAUCCAUGGCAAUUGUAGCUUUCAGCAGUUUGAUGUUUCUAGGAGACCCUAGAUGUAAGGAAAGUGCUGCAUUCAAAAAAGUGUGGAUUACAACAGCCGAAAUUGAUUUCGUAUUAGGAGGUCACCAAAAGGGCUGGGAUUUGCAAUAUUUCCAAGGUGCCAUUUCCUUCACAGUCCAUUCAAAGGAGGUUCUGGGAUUCCAGACAUUGCUUCAGCACAUAAAGCCUGACCAGACACAAGGAGAGGGUUUUCUCCAGGUCUUCUGGGAGCAAGCAUUUGACUGCAUACUUCCGAAUCCAUUGGAGAUGUUGAAGGACGAUGAAGCAUGUACUGGAGAUGAGAAGAUAGAGAGCCUUCCAGAUCCAUUUUUUGAUAUGCGCAUGACUGGUCACAGCUAUAGCAUUUACAAUGCAGUCUACGCCAUAGCACAUGCUUUGCAUGCCUUUUACUCAUCAAGUUUCAACCACAGAGCAAUGCCAGGUGAUAAAAGAUCUGAAUUUCAAGAUGUCCAACCUUGGCAGAUGCACCGAUUUCUUCAUGGCCUUUCCUUUAACAACUCAGCUGGAGAAAGGGUGACUUUUAAUAAUAAUGGGGAGUUGGAUGCUGGGUUUGAAAUAAUGAAUUUGAUCAUCUUCCCAAACAAGUCGUUUCUCAGUGUGAAGGUCGGAAGAGUGGAUCCCAAUGCUGGAAAAGGAAAAGAGUUCUCCAUCAAUGAAGAGAUCAUUGUAUGGCAAGCAAGUUUUAACCAGGAGUUUCCUGUAUCUCUGUGCAACGAUUACUGUUCUCCUGGUUAUCGGAAGAAAAAGAAGGAAGGGGAGAAAUUUUGCUGCUAUGAUUGUUCUCCGUGCCCAGAAGGGAAGAUUUCAAAUCAGAAGGACAUGGAAGAUUGCAUCAAAUGCCCAGAAGAUCAAUAUCCAUGCGAGGACCAAGAUGGCUGUGACCCCAAAGUUAUAACCUUCCUAUCUUUUCAAGAACCUUUGGGAAUCAGUUUGGCUUCAGUGGCUGUCUCUUUUUCCCUGAUCACAGUUUUGGUGCUAGGAACUUUCAUUAAGCACAGAAAUACUCCCAUAGUCAAAGCCAACAACAGAAGCAUCACCUACCUUCUCCUCAUCUCCCUCCUGCUCUGCUUUCUAUGCACCUUUCUCUUUCUUGGACACCCUAGAAAGGUGACCUGCAUCCUCCGCCAAUCUGCUUUUGCCAUCAUCUUCUCAGUGGCUGUUUCUUGUGUCUUGGCCAAAACCAUCACGGUGGUUAUAGCUUUCAUGGCCACCAAACCUGGGUCUAAUAUGAAGAAAUGGGUGGGGAAAAGACUGACCACCUCCACUGUCCUUUUCUGUUCUCUUCUUCAAACAGGCAUGUGUAUGAUGUGGCUAGGAACCUCACCCCCCUUCCCAGAUUUUGACAUGCAAUCACUGAGUAGAGAGAUAGUGGCAGAAUGUAAUGAAGGUUCAGUCACCAUGUUUUAUAUUGUCUUGGGCUACAUGGGAUUUCUGUCCUUCAUCAGCCUGAUUGUGGCUUUCCUAGCUAGGAAGCUGCCCGACAGUUUUAACGAAGCCAAGUUUAUCACUUUCAGUAUGCUCAUGUUUUGUAGCGUUUGGUUAUCUUUUGUUCCAACCUAUCUGAGCACCAAGGGGAAAUACAUGGUCGCCGUGGAGAUCUUCUCUAUCUUGGCUUCCAGUGCUGGGUUGCUGGUUUGUAUCUUUUUUCCUAAAUACUAUAUUAUUGUCCUGAGGCCUGAGCUGAACACAAAAGAGAGCAUUAUUAGGAGAAAGAAUUAA